UAAUCAUAAGCAUCAAUAGUAACAUCGAUUCGCGAUACUCGUGCUUACGGAAGCGUCCCAUCUCCAUGACAACGCAAGACAACCAGAAACAAGGUUUGGGACGGCCUGUGAAAUCACUGAAACAUAUUUGUGUAUUUAGUGCUUUUGAACUGCAGUUACCACAUCAAGAUUCACCAAGAUUUGUUUAUCCAGAAAAAGCACCCGGGAACCGUGCUUUUCAAGCUGUCGUCUCGCCCUACAGGGAUUCAAGGAGUCAGAAAUGGAAAGUCCUCGUGUUGGUGUGGUGAGAGAGUCCAUGCUGCAUCGUCCUCUAUUAAUUAAGCCAGCUCUUGGAAAGACCAAGUCGAGAGGUUUGUCCUAUCCGGGACCUGACUUUGUUUUUGGGACAGCGACCACAGUUCAGGAUGGAGGAGUGCCAGAGGCUAUCUCUAGCUGGCACACUCACACUAUGUCUACCAGAAACAGGGAGGCUGAGAGGGAUUUUAUCGCCCUUAACCGAGAAGGGGUCAAGUCAGGCUUGGUUACUGCUAAAGAGCUGCACCAGUACCGUGCCACCCACGACAUUCGGCGCCAGCCGUUGACCAGAGAGGGGUUUCGCAGGUCUGCCCCAGCUCGCAUACCACCAGAUGCUUCGUUUGGAAUUACUAACAAACCAUUCACCCCAAUCUCAGAGCUCAUGGAGUAUAAGUAUGCUCAAAAAUGGCUGGAAGAGCAGCAGGCCAAGGACAAAAUCCUGCAGGCCCAUCGGCAUAAGAAGGCUCAGCUUGGACGUAUACAGGAUACACGAACAACCAUGCUCCGCAAGAGUCGCCCCUUGUCCGAGGCCCCAUCCAUGUGGAAAAUGCCUCGUUUCCAGCAGUUGUACCUGUCCUUGGUGCUGAAACUGACCGGUGCACUUCACAGAUUUGCUUUUGAGGAACUUGUCAGAAAGGACAAAUGCACAUUUGAUAUCGAUUUGUCUCGCGAUGGAGGUAUCAAACGGGUCGAGCUUUGGGAUCGAGUCUAUACUUUCUCACAGACCGACCAGCCCGUGUAUGUCAAAGGGGGAGUGCAGGUCUCCAGCGGAGUUGAGCCCCCGGUCGAGCGGCGCGACAAAAUACUAUAG